CCAUGAAUGCAUGACGUCCUCAUUUAUUUUAUUUUCUAUUUUUUCCCCGCCAUAUAUACAAACCCCCCUCCCUCUUACUUCAAUCGACCCCAGAGCACCUCCUCCUUUUCUCUCUCUCACCGCAAAAAUCUCUCACCUGCGGCUAUGGAUCCAUACAAGUACCGCCCUUCAAGUGCUUACAACUCUCCUUUUUGGACAACAAAUUCUGGUGCUCCAGUGUGGAACAAUAACUCUUCAUUGACAGUUGGAACUAGAGGUCCAAUUCUUCUUGAGGAUUAUCAUUUGGUGGAGAAACUUGCCAAUUUUGAUCGGGAGCGUAUCCCUGAACGUGUUGUCCAUGCAAGGGGGGCCAGUGCCAAGGGUUUUUUCGAGGUCACCCACGAUAUUUCUCACCUUACAUGUGCUGAUUUUAUGCGAGCCCCGGGAGUCCAGACACCUGUUAUUGUUCGGUUCUCAACUGUCAUCCAUGAACGUGGUAGCCCUGAAACCCUGAGGGAUCCUCGAGGUUUUGCUGUGAAGUUUUACACCAGAGAGGGUAACUUUGAUCUGGUGGGAAACAAUUUCCCAGUUUUUUUUGUCCGUGAUGGAAUGAAGUUCCCAGACAUGGUCCAUGCUCUUAAACCCAACCCAAAGUCUCACAUCCAGGAGAACUGGAGAAUUGUUGACUUUUUCUCCCACCAUCCAGAGAGUUUGCAUAUGUUCACCUUCCUCUUUGACGAUUUGGGUAUUCCACAAGACUACAGGCACAUGGAAGGCUCUGGUGUUAAUACCUACACCUUGAUCAACAAAGCUGGGAAGGUUCACUAUGUCAAGUUUCAUUGGAAACCUACUUGCGGAGUGAAGUGUUUGUUGGACGAUGAAGCCAUUAAGGUUGGGGGAUCUAAUCACAGCCAUGCCACCAAAGAUCUCUAUGACUCGAUAGCAGCUGGAAACUAUCCUGAAUGGAAACUUUUCAUCCAGAUAAUUGAUCCUGAUCAUGAAGACAGAUUUGAUUUUGAUCCGCUUGAUGUGACCAAGACCUGGCCUGAGGACAUCUUGCCCCUGCAGCCAGUGGGACGCUUGGUCUUGAAUAAGAACAUUGAUAACUUCUUUGCAGAGAAUGAGCAGCUUGCAUUUUGCCCUGCUAUUGUGGUACCUGGUAUCUACUAUUCAGAUGAUAAGCUGCUACAAACUCGGAUAUUCUCUUAUGCUGAUACUCAGAGGCACCGUCUUGGCCCUAACUAUCUGCAGCUCCCAGCUAAUGCUCCCAAGUGUGCUAAUCACAACAAUCACCAUGAGGGUUUCAUGAAUUUCAUGCACAGGGAUGAGGAGGUAAAUUACUUCCCUUCAAGGUUUGAUCCUGUACGUCAUGCCGAGAGGCAUCCAAUUCCUCCUUCUGUCUUGAUGGGAAGGCGUGAUAAGUGCAUCAUUGAGAAAGAGAACAACUUCAAGCAGCCUGGAGAGAGGUACCGAUCCUGGGCACCAGACAGGUACUUCUUUUCCUUCAAUUUCUCUGAAAAUGUUAAAAUAUUCUUAUAAUGAUGUCAAUUUCCUCUAAUGGUAUUUGCUAUUUU